AUGCCUGUCUAUCAUAUUGUUUUGUUCAAACUGAAGCCAGGCGUCACUGCCUCACAGUUGACUGAAUGGAAAGAUGAGGCCAAGGCACUGAUUGGCCAGAUCCCAGGGCUUGUUGCCAUGGAGGUCGGCCAGCCAUUAGCUAUAACAGCACAGAGAGCACAAGGCUUCGAUAUGGGCCUAGUCUCGACGCUAGAAGGGGCCAGCUACCUGAAAGGCUAUGCAGAACAUCCGGCACAUCUGAAGAUCGCGAGAUUUCGCACGGAGUUGUGCACAGAUUCUCUGACCUACGACUUGGAAUUCUUCGCCUGA